AUGACCUUCUUCAGUUACGAACCGCUCAGCCUUUUGAGCGCUGCCGAGCGCCUGGGCCCUCUGACGGCCCCUCGCGGUCUGGAGAUCCUCGCGAACCACCUGACGUGCCAGUUCCCGCGCAUGUCCGACUAUCUUGCGGUGGCCCCCAAGCGCUGGAACCACUACGCUCCGAACGCGUUCCUCAUGAGGUUGUGCGGUCGCAAGGUCAAGGUGUGUCUCAACCCGGAGUUCAUGGCGGACGUGUGCCGACGCUCGCCCGUGCAGGUCGUCAAGGUGACCCGACUCAGCGUUGUCCAAGUGCUGCAGUGGCUGCAGUUGAAUGCUCCUCUAAGAGGAAACCUGAAAGUGGUGUAUCUUGUUCGGGAUCCGCGUGGAAUGAUCUCUUCCAGGAACGUUAUGUCCUGGUGCAGAAGGUCCGCCGUUUGCAUUAAGGCCAAGAACCUCUGCAGGGAAAUGAAUGAAGAUUUGGACGCUUUCGAAGAGCUCAGAGAGCUUCUGCCGGAAGCGACGGUGCGCUUGCGUUACGAGGACAUCGCGAAGCGGCCUGUCAAAGAAUCGAUGGCUCUCUUUCGUGCUCUCGGCUUGGAGUUCUCGGCUGGUGUGACUGACUUUCUCAGAACUCACACCGUUGUGAAUGACACCAAAGCGCUUCAAAACCCCUACUCGACGGUGAGACGAUCCAGUGCCGCGGCGUUCAUGUGGACCAAGAAGCUCAACUGGGAUCGCGUGAAAGAGGUUCAGACCGUGUGCGCUCCAGUCUUGAAGCGACUCGGCUACAAAGUGUUCCGGAACCAGGAAGAGCUCAAGAACGUGUCGCUUAGUUAA